UCCCUCGCCGGCGAUCCUCCUCACCGUCGAUUUCAAAGGAUCCAAUCUCAGAGCGAUUUACAAUUUCGAUUUUGAGAUUUCGAAACUCCCCCGCCUCCACCAUCUGCACCGGCGAUAGGAGCGAGCACCAUCGUCUACUCAUUGAAGCUAGGGAUUCUGAAUACAAGGCAUGGGCUCAUGUUCAGACCUUGAAGUCCUCUCUUGAUGAGCAAACUCUGGAAUUGCAGGUUACUCAUAGGGGUGACCAUUGGUUUUGGCCUAAUAACCUUGAAGUUAUGGGUUCAAGUCUUGGGACCUCACUUUGUUCUUAUGCCAAAAGGUUAAGUAGCAUUGAAGAGCUAGCCAGGGCUACAAUCAAGAAGUUAACUCAGCGUAUGACUGAGCACAACAAAGCAAUGGCUUCUGCUAAAUCUGAUGAAGCAAAGGCUAGCGUUAAAGCUCAAAAGCAGAAUACUACCACUGGACUGCAAACCUGCAAUAAUAUUUUGGCAAUGACACAGCUGCAUGCAAAAUCACCUUCAUUCAUUGGCGAUAAGAGAAUCAACCUUUCCUGGAAAGAAGUAGCAAAAGCUUCGGCACCUUACCGGUGCUGGCUAGUGCCUGGAGAAUUGGCUACGCUGAGAAUGAGAGGUACCAUUACCUUCCAGCUAACGCCCGGAGAAUUGGCAGAUGUACCAUUACCGUCCAGUCGGUGUCUGGUAAAUUGGCAUUUCAUUGUGGAGAGAUGUAUCAUUGAAUUACCACGCUUUAGGCAAGUAGAGCAGAGCUUAUUUAUUAUUGUUGUGUCAGUUUGACUGUGAGUCAUGUAUUAUGAUCAUGUUUCAGUAAGGUUGAGUUGUCUUAUAUGUUGAGUAAAUGUGUAUAUGUAUAUUUGGACGUGUUAGAGAAUGGUUGAAGGAGUUUCCUACCAUAAAUUAGUUAUUGAAAGUAUCUCUUUAGCCUUGAGCUUAAGGUCGAAAAUGUGAUGAACGUGUGGAGACGGACUUUGGUUAUGUAUUGGGUUAUAAAUAAUGUGAAGAAAAUUGGGUUUU